CGCGCGCCAUGGGCUCGCUCCCGGUGCUCUCCUCCCCGCCGGAAUGCGCGCCCGACGCGCAGGCGCCCCACCGCGUGAAGGUGGCGGCGUCGGACCUGGCCCCGCUCUUCGACGCGCAGCGCCGCCACCUGGACCACUUCUUCGACCGCCUGGACCUCACGCAGGCGGCGGCGUUCGCGCAGGCGCUGCUCGACGCGCCGGGGGCCGUCUUCUUCACAGGCGUCGGCAAGUCGGGCAUCGUGGCCCUCAAACUCGCACAAACGCUCGCCUCCCUCGGCUUCGCGCGCGCGGGGUUCCUCUCCCCCGUCGACGCGCUCCACGGCGACAUCGGGUCCCUCUUCCCCGGGGACCUCCUCGUGCUGCUCUCCAAGUCCGGCGCCUCCGACGAGCUGCUCGCGCUCGCGCCCUGCGCGCGCGCCAAGGGCGCGCACCUCAUCUCCCUCACCUCCGCGGCCUCCGGCGCCGACUGCCCGCUCGCCGCCGCCUGCCACCUCAACGUGCACCUCCCGCUCCAGGGCGAGGUCUGCCCCUUCGGCCUCGCGCCCGUCACCUCCACCGCCAUUCAGAUGGUCUUCGGCGACACCGUCGUCGCCGCCAUCAUGGAGGCGCGCCGCCUCACCAGGGACCAGUACGCGUCCAACCACCCCGCUGGAAAGAUCGGAAAGACACUCAUCUUCAAGGUUAAGGAUGUUAUGAAGAAACAAAAUGAGCUUCCGUUGUGCAAGGAGGGGGAUAUGAUAAUGGAUCAACUUACUGAGCUCACUAGUAAAGGUUGUGGCUGCCUUCUUGUGGUUGAUGAUGAGUAUCAUUUGAUUGGAACUUUCACUGAUGGUGACCUCCGGCGUACACUCAAGGCAAGCGGGCCAGCUAUUUUCAAUCUCACAGUUGGGGAGAUGUGCAACAGGAAUCCCAGGACAAUAACGGCAGAUGCAAUGGCAGUUGAAGCCAUGGAGAAGAUGGAGUCACCCCCUUCACCCGUGCAGUUUUUGCCUGUCGUCGACCAUAAAAACAUCGUGUCUGGGAUCAUCACAUUGCAUGGGUUGGUCUCUGCUGGACUAUAAGCAAGCCUUCGCAUAUCAGCUGCCCAGUUCUUUCUAAUAUGUUACUAUGUCCUACCCGGUUUUUUCUGAUUCUUUACACCUGCUUGGUCAUCUGAGAGAUUACACUGGAGAAGUUCUUGUGACAGCAUUUCAUCGCUGUGGAAGCAUCUGUAGUCUGGACGCUUGAGAGAUUAUGUGGAGACACCACCGGUGUCCCCCAAUUUGUAGUGUCAAUAAUAUGGUUCAUUCUCUUUGUUGUGCCAAUGUGACGUGCUUGUGCGUCCAUACAAGGAUGUAAUAUGGUCAAUAUGUAUCAAGCACUAGAGAAUAAUUCUG